GAGCGGCGCCGUGGAGCAGGCAGCCGUUGGGAGCGCUCGCAGAAUACGUUAGUCUGGCGGCUGCGUAGUAACUGCAGGCGCUGCCGCCUUCCUAUUCAGCAGUCCGUAGAGUUGCGAGGGCCCCUGGGAGAGGGAGUUCCAGUGGCUCCCUCCGUGCUUCGGUCUGCCGGCCCUGUCCGCAGGAGCGGCCCGGCGCAGAUCAGAUGUUGGAGCUGCGCUGUGCUCGGCUACGCCUUCCUCCCGGCGCGCUUGCCCUGGCGGCACCGACCUCGCUCCCCAACCUCUGAUCUCCUUUUCGCGCCCGCUGGGCCCCCGGCGCGGCUCUCGCCCCUUCUCGGCUCUCCCGCGGUGGGCGGAGGGCGGCGAUCAACCCAGACUUGGAGCCGCCGCCCCGGCCGGAAUUGAGCCAGUCCAGCUCUGCCACCUCCAGCCUGGCGCCGUCGGGCGGCGCUACCAGGAAUCCCGAUGCCGCCGAGGGCCUGCCUUCGGCCUCGGCGGUCGCUGAGGGACAGCCGCGCAAGAACAGCUCGUCCCGCCGCAGCGCGUGGGGGCAACCUGUCCCACGCCGACCGUAUCGCCAAGGCCAUCGAGAGCUUGGGCGCGAAGCAGCUCACGCUACCGCAGAUCUACGGUGGAUGGUCAAGAGCGGGCCUUGCUUAAGGGAUGAAGGCGACAGCGACAGCUCUGCGGGCCGAAAGGUACAUCUUCUGUGUUUCUGGAGACUUUGUUAAAGUUCAUAGCACAGUGACAGAAGAAUGUGUACACAUAUUGCAAGGGCACAGAAAUCUGGUGACUGGAAUCCAACUCAACCCCAACAAUCAUCUUCAGCUGUAUUCUUGUUCCUUUGAUGGCACAAUUAAACUGUGGGACUAUAUAGAUGGCAUUUUGAUAAAGACUUUCAUAGUUGGACAUAAACUUCAUGCCCUCUUUACUCUUGCCCAUGCUGAGGAUUCUGUGUUUGUUAUAAUAAAUAAAGGAAAACCAGAUAUAUUUCAGCUGGUAUCAGUGAAACUGCGAAAAUCUUCAAGCCAGGACGUAGAAGCUAAGGAGCUCUCCAUUGUUCUGGAUUACAUAAACCAGUCACCCAAAUGCAUUGCCUUUGGGAAUGAGGGAGAAUAUGUUGCUGCAGUACGGGACUUUUACUUGUCUGUUUAUUUUUUCAAAAAGAAAACAACAUCAAGGUUUACUUUAUCAUCAUCAAGAAAUAAAAAACAUGCUAAGAACAAUUUUACAUGUGUAGCAUGUCACCCAAAGGAAGACUGCAUAGCCACUGGUCACAAGGAUGGCAAAAUUCGUCUUUGGAGGAAUUUUGAUGAUGAUAAGAAAUACACAUACACAUGUUUACAUUGGCACCAUGAUAUGGUUAUGGAUUUGGCUUUUUCAGUGACAGGCACCAGUCUGUUGAGUGGUGGUCGUGAGUCUGUCCUUGUAGAGUGGCGUGAUGCAACAGAGAAAAAUAAGGAGUUCCUCCCCCGUUUAGGAGCUACUGUUGAACACAUCUCAGUGUCGCCAGCAGGGGAUCUGUUCUGUACUUCUCACUCUGAUAAUAAGAUAAUAGUUAUUCAGCGAAACCUUGAGGCAUCUGCAGUAAUCCAAGGCCUAGUGAAAGACAGCAAUAUCUUUACUGGUUUGAUGAUUGAUCCAAGAACUAAAGCUUUGGUUUUGAAUGGAAAACCUGGCCAUUUGCAGUUUUAUUCUCUUCAGCAUGAUAAGCAGUUAUACAAUUUAGAUAUUAUACAGCAAGAAUAUAUCAGUGAUUAUGGUCUGAUCCAAACUGAAUUAACAAAGGCUGCAUUUGACUGCUAUGGUACCUGGCUUGCAACAGUGGAACAACGUCAAGAAAAGGAAACAGAGCUUGAAUUGCAAAUGAAACUGUGGAUAUACAAUAAAAAGACACAAGGGUUUGUUCUUAAUACAAAGGUUAACAUGCCACAUGAAGACCACAUCACAGCUGUAUGUUUCUGUAAUGCAAGAAAAUCUAAAGACCCCACUUUGGUUACAGCUAGUAAAGAUGGUCAUUUCAAAGUAUGGAUAUUAACAGAUGAUUCUGAUAUAUACAAAAAAGCUGUUGGCUGGACUUGUGACUUUGUAGGUAGUUACCACAAAUACCAAGCAACUAACUGUUGUUUCUCUGAAGACGGCUCUUUACUAGCAGUUAGUUUUGAAGAAACAGUUACAAUAUGGGAUUCAGAAACAUGGGAACUUAAAUGUACAUUCUGUCAACGAGCUGGGAAAAUAAGGCAUCUUUGCUUUGGGAGACUGACUUGCUCGAAGUAUCUUCUCGGUGCUGCUGAAAUCGGCUUUCUAUGCUGUUGGAAUCUGCUCAGCUGUGCAUUGGAAUGGAGUACAAAAUUAAGUAUUAGAGUUAUGGAACCUGAUCCUAAUUCAGAGAAUAUUGCUGCAAUCUCUCAGUCUUCAGCGGGUUCAGACUUGUUUGUAUUUAAACCUAGUGAGCCAAGGCCAUUGUAUAUUCAAAAGAAUAUCUGCAGAGAGGAAGUCACCUGGGGAGUGUUUGUUCCCCGAGAUGUCCCUGAAUCAUUCACCUCAGAAGCUUACCAGUGGCUAAACAGAUCACAGUUUUAUUUCCUAACAAAAUCACAGAGUUUGUUGACGUUCAGUACAAAGUCUCCAGAAGAGAAACUCACACCAACAAGCAAACAGCUACUAGCAGAAGAAAGUCUUCCGACAACCCCAUUUUAUUUCAUAUUGGGAAAGCACACACAGCAGCAGGAUGAAAAAUUAGCUAAGACUUUGGAAAAUGAGCUGGUACAACUACCCUUAACAGAAAACAUACCUGCAAUUAGUGAGCUUCUUCAUACUCCAGCCCAUGUGCUUCCUUCUGCAUCUUUCCUGUGCUCCAUGUUUGUAAAUUCAUUGCUGCUGUCUAAGGAGACUAAGAGUGCUGAAGAAACUCCUGAUGAUAUAGAGAUGGAAGAAGCAAAAGAAAGUGAUGAUUCAGAUGAAGAAAAUGAUUUUACUGAAAAGGUCCAGGAUACAAAUAACACAGAUAUGGGAGAAGACAUUAUACGUCAGUCAUCAAAAUCUGAAGAAAAAGAACUGAGAAAAUUCAGGAAGGUAGACUACAGCUGGAUAACUGCUCUUUAAGCCAUGGGGGAGGGUUCUUGUACUUUGUCUUUUAUUAUGUUUAUAUUCCAAAAACAUGUAUUUUAAUGUUAUUUGUUUGUAAAAUAAAAUGUUAAAUAUUA